CCAGUGCGUGCCAGUUACUAACGUUGCCAGUGCCAGUCACUUAAUGUUUAAUCGGUGACAGUGUCAGCGGCAGUAAGGGCCAAGGUAGAACAAUCGUUGCCCGGUCUUCGAUUUUCCUUUUGUUUUUAUUUUCUCCCUUGAUCCUUUUCUCUACUUUCUCUUCUUUCUCCUUAACCCUCACUCCCGCUCAUCUCGAGAACACCGACAACUCUCCCCUACUCUUUCCUCGCGGCGCAUCAUCGCGCGGUGAGCAUCGACUUAAGGAAAGAACUACCUUCUUUCUGAAAUUCAUCUCCUUCAUUUUAUACCUGAAUCUGAACCAUAAAUUGCCCUUCUCUUACGCUCGGGCGCUUCACUUCUCAAGAGCAUCAUGGCUCAACCUCAACCCGCUUCGGCGGGUGACUUCUCCAUGUCCAACGGGCCAUCGCCGCCGCCUCAAGCAAAUUUGGACCCAGGCCGGACUUAUGCCAGAGACCAACCGCCUAACUUGCGCGAAGCCUUCACCAGCUUCUACCCCAAUGGCCUACCCAACUUCUACAAAAUGCUACAGACACCUGGUCCCGAGGGCGUCGUUCAAACGUACGUCGAAGACUACCUCCCUGUGGGAUUCUACAACAACCCUCCAGUCGACGCCAGAGCCGUCUUCUCUACCUCUAAUGGAUCGAACCCUUUUCGUUUCAUGGAGCAUCUAUUGCCCCAGCGCCGCGUUCACCUUUGGUCCUCAGACGAAGUUCAAUCUGCUUGCAACUCACUCCGCAAGCUCUACUGGGAGGUCAUAAAAGACAUGCCGCAUCCCUACUGCUGGGAUAGUUUGUGGGAUUAUUUUGACGCCCAAGACAUUUACAAUUACGGAGCUUUGAACCUAUGGAAUGUGGUUAGUCAACUGUUUCUCGAGAACCAGUCCAUCGCCCUCGACGUCUAUAAUGCUUUCUCCAUCGAAGUUGGCCAAUGGGUUGACCGCUGGCUGUAUGACGACGAAAACCGUGACAAACUCAUCAAGAGCAAUGAAACUGGUCUUUCUAUCAAUGGUGUCAUCGGUUGGGAAGCUAUGAAAGGCCUUCCGGAUGAUGCAAUCCAUCUUAUCGCAAGUGCCCUUGAGCAUCGACGAUCUCUGUUACUAUCACCCGAGAAACUGAGGCCAGGUGCAAUGAAGCCUAAUCACUUCAAGGAGUUUUAUGAAAAGGGGCACCUCGAAAACUGGUUAGGUAUGUAAAGUUUGCUUUCAGAAUUA